AUGUUCGGCGUGACGCAUACUGGGUCGGUCAUCAUCUUUGCGAUCCUCUACGGUUCUUCAGCUGCUUCUGUGCGUGCUCCCGAUGUCUGCUACCUCUUACUGUCCGCCGCGGCACUCGCAUCGCUGGCAAAGAGCGUAGAUGAAGUCGGCGUCUGUCUUGGUGCAGCAUACUUCAUGGCGUCGUUCGCGUUCCUCACAGGCACGCCGAUCAACAGUGCACUGCUGGGAAGCGACGAUUGGUGGUACCGGCCGACCGUGUUCAGCGGCAUUCGUGGUCCUUCUGUGUCGGGCAUACUGUGUGCCUACCGUGACCAGGUUGUGCUCGUCAUCGGGUCUGUAUUCACCAUCAUUGCGCGAUUCGCGUAUGCACGACCGUCAAGGACACGCGCCGCGUUUUGUCUGAUAUCCUGA